AUGGGAGGAUUACUGUUGCUGCUCUUGCUGAGCACGGUCAUGGCCUUGGCGUCCUUCUUCGCCGGCUCACUACCACUCGCAAUAACCCUCACACAGUCGCAGCUCCGAUUGAUAUCAAGCGUAGGCGUCGGUAUCUUGGUUGGGACAUCUAUGAUUGUGAUUAUACCUGAAGGCAUCGAAGCCGUCGCAACGACCGGCGGGCACUCGCACGGCAAGAGGAGUUUGAUGGAUGCGGCUAGCAAGCAAGGGAGGCUGGCCAUUCGGUGGACGACAGACAAAGAUAUACCCCAGUUGGCGGAUGCUACCAACUUUGUGCGGACAGUGGAGGAGGAAAUCCACGUCCUCGGCAGCGAUGUGGAAUACACUGCAAAGCUGCAUAGACGGGAGGAGCAGGACGAGCAUGGCCACGAGCAACCCCCAGCAGCCGCCCCUGGCCCCGAGCCUCAUCAUGACAACGAGAUGCACCAGAAUGAGGUCCCGACGUUCUAUAUCGGCCUGUCUAUGAUUCUCGGCUUCGUCCUCAUGUACCUCAUUGACAGGCUGCCCCGUCACGCGGCAGGUCGCAGUGGAUCCGAGCCGCAGAUGCGUCACGUUAGCUUGGAUAAUCUCGGGGGUUCGUCAAGCGUUGGUGACGAGGAAACGGAAGGCUUCCUCGGUCCUCUUGCGCCCCCGCCGAAGCAAUCCCGAAGCCUAGCCACCACCAUCGGGUUGGUGAUCCAUGCCGCAGCUGACGGCAUCGCAAUGGGCGCGUCCACAUCCACAUCCAACACAAAGUUGGGCCUUAUAAUAUUCGUCGCCAUCAUGGUUCACAAGGCGCCAGCAGCAUUUGGCCUCACAUCGGUGCUUCUGAAGCAGGGAUUGUCCAAACGAACGGCGCGAGGACAUCUAAUCGUCUUCAGCCUCGCCGCCCCUUUUGGAGCUAUUAGUACAUGGGCGAUCAUUCGAAUAUUGGGCGGUGGAAAUUUUGAGGGCGAAUCCGGCCAGUGGUGGACGGGUAUGCUUCUACUGUUCUCCGCAGGAACUUUUUUGUUUGUUGCGAUGCACGCCAUGCAGGAAGACGCCAGUUCUCCAAAGCACGAACACGGCGGCAUGAAUGGCUAUUCGGACGGGAAUGGCACACAAAGGGGUCCGCAGCGGCCGCAGAUGCGUGAUACUUUUGCGACAGUGGCAGGCAUGCUUCUGCCGCUGCUCACUCAGUUUGGACAUCACCACUGA